AUGGACGAGCGCUCCAACAGGUGGCUGCUGCCGCCGCUGCUGGCCCUGCUCUUCCUCCUCAUCGUCUACCAGUACGUGUCGCCCGCCUGCCCCGGCGCCGCCUGCUCCCGCCGCCCGCCGGCCUCCGCCGCCCGCCGCGGGGAGGGCCCGGCGGAGCGGGAGGAGGAGGAGGAGGUGGCGGGCUUGAAACCGCAAACGCUACGAGAUCCACACCACACCCGGCCCUCCCCAAGCAAAAAUAAGGAGAUUAUAAGGCGCAACAUCCGCCUGGAGCAGCCCUGCUACUGCCGGGCCGGGCAGAAGAAGUGCGCCUGUCACCGCCCGGGCGGCGAUAAGGACACCUGGCUCUUCUCCCGCUUCUCCACCGGCUGGAGCUGCGGGCUGCACGCCGACUGGACCGAGCUCACCAGCUGCGUGCCCGCCGCCAUGGAGCGCCGGGGCUGCGCCGGCAACCGCACCCUCAGGAAUUUCUAUUACAUCACGAUGCUGAGGGAUCCAGUGUCACGGUAUUUGAGUGAAUGGAAGCAUGUCCAGAGGGGUGCGACAUGGAAAACUUCCCUUCAUAUGUGCGACGGAAGAAGCCCAACGCCAGACGAGCUGCCUACCUGUUACGAAGGAGAUGACUGGUCUGGAGUUACUUUACAGGAAUUCAUGGAUUGUAGCUACAACUUGGCCAACAACCGCCAGGUGCGCAUGCUGGCAGACCUCAGCCUGGUGGGAUGCUACAACUUGACUUUUAUGAAUGAGAGUGAAAGAAAUGUGAUUCUUCUCCAAAGCGCCAAGAACAAUCUGAAAAACAUGGCCUUCUUUGGGCUCACGGAGUUUCAGAGGAAAACGCAGUAUCUCUUUGAGAGGACAUUCAACCUGAAAUUCAUUUCCCCCUUCACCCAAUUCAACGUUACCCGGGCCUCCAAUGUGGACAUCGGUGAGGAUGUGCGGCAACGGAUAGAGGAGCUGAAUUUCUUGGACGUGCAGCUUUAUGAAUACGCGAAGGACCUGUUUUUGCAGCGCUUCCAGUACUCCAAGCAAGAGGAGCAUCAGAAGAACCGGCUGAAGAGGCGAGAGGAGCGGCGACUGCUGCGGGAGCAGAGGGCUCACCAGUGGCCAAGGGAAGAGGCAGCAGAAGUCACCGUUACUGAAGAUUACAAUAGUCAAGUCGCAAGGUGGUGACGCUUCUCCAUCUUGACUAACCAAUGAGAGGAUCAGAGAGUUUGUGCAACUUGGCUACCUGGGAAUUAGCCAAGGAGCCACUUUGGUAAAUGAGACCACGUCUGACAACUACCCCUCCUUGUCUCUGUUUUUCUUGGUUUCUGCCAGUGAGGAGAAUGUAUUUUUUUCUCAGUUGGCAUUAAUUAGUGUUAUUAAAUGGGAGUAGAAUAGAUUCCUGUCCAAAAAGACUUCCUUCAAAGCCCUAAGCUAUAAGGAUGGUUUGAAGAGAGAGUGUAAACAGACGUACCCUAUACAAUCUAGGCUACCAAAACUUGUGCAGACAUGAAUGAAAAAUUGAAAAAAAAAUCUGUUGGUUCCUCUGUGAUGUGAGAGCUGGUUUAUUUCAUACUGUCCUUUGCAACUGUAGUACAUAGUUUUCUAGUGAAUGAAGUGGAGGAAAGCUUCAAACUUCUACAUGCUGUGUUUUGAUUAAGGGAAGAAUUUGCUGGGGUGAUUAAAAAAGACCUAGGAAAUGUGGGAUUGGGGCAUUGCUUGUUCUAUUCUGCUAGCCAGCAAUCAGAGAUGAUAUAUAAGUGAAGUGAUGGGGGAGGUUAGCUUAUUUCUUCACAGAUGCUGAGAGUGCCAAGCCCAGCCAUGUAACAGCCGUCUUUCUGAGCCUGUGUGGCAAAGGGAAAGCCUUGAGAAAUGAGGUCCACGUGGCAGCUGGGCACACAUCGUGAAGAUUAUCUGCCUGAAGGCAAUGAAAUCAGCCUUCACAUUCACAAAAGGUGAAGAGGGGCCAAGCAAACUACAGGGAAGAGGAAAGAGAGAGCAGGAAAAGCUUAAAUAUUAGUGUGACAUUUUCCAGAUUUGCUGUAAAAGCCUGGAGAUAUAUUGUCUGUGAAGGUAGGCAGGUUUAUGAUAUUGUCUGUUAAAAUACAUUGAUGCCAAGUGAAUACCAUUCAAAUUGGUUUUCUGUCUACCUACAGUAGUGGCUAGAAAAAAAUCAGCUUUCAUUUUUAUAGGAUGCAUAAUGGAUAUGUGGAAAGUCUUGAUAUUUAUUACUCUGUAUGAAAAUUCUUUGUAAAUUUAUUGUUUUCACGAUGAGAGAUCUGUAUCUGGUUUUCUUCCUUGUCUAGAAAAAGAUUCAAUGGGUUCUUCCUCCACAUGUUACAUCCUUGUGGCUAAACUGCAUCUAAUUAUUCCAAGAUUUUAUGUUGUUCCAUUCGUAAUAGUGAAAUUUUUAAGCAAGGGUCCUGUGCACCAUAGAUCUUUUGAGAGAGUUUUUUUCCUUCUUCUUCUAGCAUAAAUGUAAAGCAUUAGGAGGAAAUUUCUCUAAGUGCCUCAACGUGGCUGCUAAAUCGAGAUGCUGAAAGUAUAUUAUUGCAUGCAUGAAUGGCUUUUACCUUACAGGUUUGCUAAUUAGAAAUACCGGAGUACCUGAUGCGGAUGCACAUUUCUCAUUUAUUUUCAAAAUUCAAAGAUUUUAUCCAGUCGGUAAAAAAAUAAUGUGUUACAGAAAAAAAAAAGAGGCUGAAUUUGCAAAUUUAUCCCUUCAUUUCCAAAUUCUUUUUUUUUUUUUUUCACUGCAUGCGGUAUCUUCUUUUCUUCAGACAAUGCUACUGCUACUUAUCUAUGCACAAUAUCAAAAAUAUGAUCUAACUAUCCUGUUGAGAGUUAAUGCAUACAAUAAUACAUUAAACAUGGAAUAUCAUAACAGCUAUUAAGUAGUGAAGAGGGCCACCGGGAUGAUGCCUCAUUAUCAAUGUAGUUUAUUAGCAAAAUGCUGCUUUACUCCUGAUUGUCAGUGUGCUACUCUUGGGAUGAGGAGCGGUGGGUUUACCAAAACCCACCUAAUACUUGUUCCACUGGUGGACCAUGUGUAUCUCUUCCCACCUCUGUGUUCAGAAGGGAAAAACAUGGGAUGGCAGAUUGUUAUUCUCCUGGAUGAGCAUGGGUUGUCUGCCUUAGAGAAGAGCAAGGAGCUCUCUAGACUCCAUGGACAACUGCCUGGACCCCCAUUGCCUGGAAGAGGCACUCAGACACCUCGUUCACGUAUGGACACCUACCUUGAGAGGUGAGAUUAAAUUGAAAUGUUUAUGGUCUAGGACUGAAGCUCUCUCCGGGUGAUAGCAAGGUCGUGAAGAGCUAAGCCUGACUGGUAUUAUUGCACCUUUAGGCGCAAUGCAGGUAAUUUGCAGUGAGCUGCCAUUUUACCCACUUGCACUGGAGCUUCGGGCUGGGCUGGCCCUCACCUUGCCCUGUGGAGGGAAGGAGCUUUCUGGCUGGUGAUGCAGGGAUGACAGGGAGCUGCUGCAUAGAAUCAUAGAAUUGUUUGGGUUGGAAGGGACCUUAAAGAUCAUCGAGUUCCAGCCCCCCUGCCAUGGGCAGGGACACCUCCCACUAGAGCAGGUUGCUCAAAGCCCCAUCCAGCCUGGCUUUGAACACCUCCAGGGAUGGGGCAUCCACAACUUCUCUGGGCUACUUGGUCCAGUGUCUCUCACAACCCUCACAGUAAAGAAUUUUUUUCUAGUAUCUAAUCUGAAUCUCCCCUCUUUCAAUUUAAAACCAUUACCCCUCAUCCUAUUGCUAUACUUCCUGAAAAAAAGUCCCUCCUCACCCUCCCCAU